AUGUGGGAAAUGUUAUCCAAACUUAGCGUUCAUCAGAGAAGUCACACAGGAGAAAAGCCAUAUUCAUGUUCAGAAUGUGGGAAAUGUUUUACAGAUAAAUCCAAUUUUGUUAGACAUAAGAGAAUUCACACAGGAGAGAAGCCAUAUUCAUGUUCAGAAUGUGGGAAAUGUUUUACAGAUCAAUCCAGUCUUGUUAUACAUAGGAGAGGUCACACAGGAGAGAGACCAUAUUCAUGUUCAGAAUGUGGGAAAUGUUUUAUAGAUAAUUCCAGUCUUGUUAAACAUAGGAGAAGUCACACAGGAGAGAAACCAUAUUCAUGUUCAGAAUGUGGGAAAUGUUUUUCAGAUAAAUCCAGUCUUGUUCAACAUAGGAGAAUUCACAUAGGAGAGAAACUAUAUUCAUGUUUGAAAUGUGAGAACUGUUUUACAUAUAAAUCAGAUCUUGUUAAACAUGAGAGAAUUCACACAGGGGAGAAUCCAUAUUCAUGUUUAGAAUGUGGGAAAUGUUGUACAAGUAAAUUCCAUCUUGUUAUACAUGAGAGAAGUCACACAGGAGAGAAGCCAUAUUCAUGUUCACAAUGUGAGAAAUGUUUUAAAGAUAAAUCAGGUCUUGUUAAACAUAAGAAAAUUCACACAGGAGAGAAGCCAUAUUCAUGUUCAGAGUGUGAGAAAUGUUUUAUUACUAAAGCCAAACUUAACAUUCAUCAGAGAAGUCACACAGGAGAAAAGCCAUAUUCAUGUUCAGAAUGUGGGAAAUGUUUUACAGAUCAAUCCAGUCUUGUUAUACAUAGGAGAAGUCACACAGGAGAGAAGCCAUAUUCAUGUUCAGAGUGUGAGAAAUGUUUUACUACUAAAGCCAAACUUAACAUUCAUCAGAGAAGUCACACAGGAGAAAAGCCGUAUUCAUGUUCAGAAUGUGGGAAAUAUUUUUUAGAUAAAUAUCAUUUUGUUAGGCAUAAGAAAAUUCAUACAGGUAUGAAGUCAUGAUGAUAUUCUAUAUGUUGAAAAUGCAUUGUAAAAAGGAACUAAAAUUCUAAAGCUCACCAGAUCAGAAGAUACUAUAUUGUUUUUUAGAUAUGGGAAAUGCUAUAAGAGCAAAAAAUAAGUUUAACAAACCCAUCUUAUUCUUGCUGUUGUGUAGCGAAGCGAAGAUUUGGCAAUAAAAAAUAUCUACCAAAUUGCACAAGUUGUAGUUGCACAUGACUUG